GGGGGAAUUCCUCUGUAAACGCGGCCGCUAGAAAUGUGGAUUCCUGUUGGUGCAUGAAUCGCCAGUAAAUUAUUUUGAGCAUCAGUGCAGAAUGGCGACUAAAACUGCACCCAAGAGCCAGCUCAGGCUGGAAUGGGUGUACGGUUAUCGGGGUCAUCAAUGUCGGAACAAUCUAUAUUACACCUUUAGCAAAGAAGUGACCUAUUUUGUAGCCGGUGUUGGGAUUGUUUACAACCCUAGGGAACAUAAACAACGGUUCUUUCUUGGACAUGAUGAUGAUAUUUUGUGCUUGGCCCUUCACCCUGACAAGACGAUGGUUGCCACUGGUCAGACAGGGAAAAACCCGUUUAUCUGUGUGUGGGAUACAGCUACCAUGGAAACCAUCUCCAUCCUCCGUGACGGACACCAGAAUGGUAUAGCAGCAGUGGGUUUUGAUAAAGAGGGAGGGCGUGUGGUGUCUGUGGGGUUGGACCAACAUUCCACCAUUAAUGUAUGGGACUGGAGGAGAGGCAAGAUCUUGGCUACUGUCAGAGGACAUUCAGAUAGAGUGUUUGAUGUCCAGUUUAACCCCAAUGCAGAAAACUCUUUGGUCAGUUGUGGCGUAAAGCACAUAAAGUUUUGGUCUCUGUGUGGGAAUGCUCUGACCCCGAAGAAGGGUGUGUUUGGGAAGACGGGAGAGAUCCAAACAAUCCUGUGUGUGGCGUUUGGAUUGGAUGACGUUACGUAUUCCGGUACAUUAGCUGGGGACGUGUAUGUUUGGAGGGGAAGUAACUUAAGUCAAGUGAUUGCAGCAGCUCAUCAAGGUGCAAUAUUUACAAUGGACAUGUCGGAAGAUGGCUAUAGUACUGGGGGGAAGGAUGGCACGGUCAAACUAUGGGACCCGGACUUUAAACCGGUCACCAGCAUCAACCUGGCUAAUUCACCGGCGGGGUAUAAAGGCUUAACAGUACGUAGUGUGUGUUGGCGAGGGGAUAGAGUAUUGAUUGGAACUCAGGACAGCCAAAUAUUUGAAGUGCUUGUUAGAGAUCGGGACAAGCCACACUGCCUAGUUGAUGGUCAUGCAGAGGGGGAGUUAUGGGCCUUGGCUAUCCAUCCAAAGAAGCCUAUUUUUGCGUCAGGAAGUGAUGACCAGACAUUGCGAUUAUGGAAUAUAAACAACUUUGAGAUUCUCUCCAAGAUGUCUGCUGAUCAGAAGAUCAGAAGUUGUGCAUUUGAUGCCGAUGGAAACCAUAUUGCAUUGGGUCUAACUGAUGGUUCCUUCUUGGUUCUUAAAACCAGAGAUUUAUCAGAAGUUGUACACCUCAAGGACAGGAAGGAAGUGAUCCAUGAAAUGAAAUUUUCACCGUGUAAUAAAUACCUGGCCGUCGCCUCCAAUGACAAUUUUGUGGACAUUUACUCGACUGAGCAGCGGUACAAAUUAUUGGGAACAUGUCGUGGGAGUUCCAGUUUCAUCACUCACAUAGACUGGUCGAAAGAUAGCAAUUACCUGCAGACAAACAGCGGGGCUGCUGAAAGGCUCUUCUUCAAAAUGCCAGCUGGGAAGCAAGUAACAAACCGAGAGGAAAUUUCCAGCAUCCACUGGAACACAUUUACCGGUGUCCUGGGAAAUGAGGUCAACGGGAUCUGGGAAAAGUACACGGAUACAAAUGAUGUCAACGCUGUGGACGCACAUUACCAGGGGGACGUGUUGGUUACGGGAGACGAUUUCGGACUUGUGAAGCUUUUCAAAUUCCCAUGUUUGAAGAAAGGUGCAAAGUUUAGGAAGUAUGUGGGACACUCAGCCCAUGUGACCAAUGUCCGAUUUUCUCAUGACAAAACAAAAGUGAUUUCCACUGGAGGUGCGGAUCAUGCCGUGUUUCAGUGGAGAUUCCUGCUUGAUGGAAGCAAUGAUCCAGAUCCUCAGUCAGGCUUUGUGGAUUCAAACAGUGAGGAGAGUGACUCGGAUUUAUCUGAUGUAGCAGACAUGGACUCGGAUUUAGAGGCGGAGAAACAGGUGGUGUAUUCCAGAGCUCUCUACAAGGAGGAUGCAGCCAGGAUCCGGAAACUGAACAAGGAGGAUCAGCAAACGGGCCAAAAACGAAAAAGAGGCCCAACAGCAGGGCUCAAACUGCAGUUCAUUCAUGGGUAUCGCGGCUAUGACUGCCGUAACAAUUUAUUCUACACGCAGAGUGGUGAAGUGGUGUACCACGUGGCUGCUGCUGGUAUUGUCUAUAACCGAGAGAAACAUGCUCAGAAAUUCUACACGGAACACACCGACGACAUCUUAUGUCUGUGUAUCCACCCCAUUAAAGACCUCGUGGCCACAGGACAGGUGGGUCGUGAUCCUGCAGUUCACAUUUGGGAUGCAGAAACCAUGAAGACAGCCUCCAUAUUGAAAGGACAACACCAGAGAGGGGUGUGUGCUGUAGAUUUCUCAGGUGAUGGCAAAAAGUUGGCUUCUGUUGGUCUGGAUGAUAAUCAUUGUAUCGUUGUCUGGGAUUGGAGGAAAGGAGAAAAACUCGCUACAACGAGGGGCCAUAAAGAUAAAAUAUUUGUCAUCAAGUGGAAUCCAUUUGAAGCCAAUAAGCUGAUCACUGUAGGAGUGAAACACAUCAAGUUCUGGACUCAAGCAGGUGGUGGUUUCACUUCUACACGCGGCACGUUUGGUAACGUAUCCAAGUCCUGUGAUAUGCUGUGUGUGGCAUUCGGGAAGGCAGCAGACAUCAGCUUCUCGGGCGGUAGUGACGGCAACGUUUUCAUCUGGAAAGAUUCCACGCUGCAGAAGUCAGUCAAAGCACACGAGGGGCCACUAUUCGCUAUGCAUUCUCUGGACAAGGGUUUCGUGACAGGGGGUAAGGACGGAAUGAUCGGCCUGUGGGACGAUCAGUUUGAGCGGUGUCUGAAGCAGUACUACAUCAAGAAGUCGGGAAUCGAACAGACCUCCAAGGGAGUACUGAUGAAAGAUUUACCAGCGAUCAGGGCCAUCGUUCUAGGUCAUGGCAAAAUCCUUGUGGGAACCAAAAAUGGGGAGGUUUUGGAAGUGGAUAAAGGGGGACCCAUGACACUUCUGACCCAGGGUCACAUGCAGGGAGAGCUUUGGGGGUUAGGGAUGCAUCCCACCCAGCAGUUCUGUGCCACAGUGAGUGAUGAUAAGACCCUCAGGGUGUGGGACUUGAGAUCUGACCACAGAAUGGUCAGCUACAAAAUCCUGAAGCAGGCGGGCCGAAGUGUAGGCUUCUCAUCAGAUGGAAAAUUCCUGGCUGUUGGGCUUAAAGAUGGGAGUUUUAUUGUUGUAAAUGCUGCCAAUAUGGAGGAGGUGAUAUCUUUUCAUCACAGGAAAGAGGAAAUCUCAGACAUCAAAUUCUCCCCAGAGGAAGGGAAGUACCUAGCUGUGGCCUCCCAUGACAAUUUUGUGGACAUCUACAACGUGUUGAGUAAGAAGAGAGUGGGCACUUGUAAGGCAGCAUCCAGUUACAUCACGCACGUCGACUGGGACAAUACAGGGAGGUUACUGAUGGUGAAUACAGGAGCAAAGGAACAGUUAUUUUACGAGGCACCUCGUGGUAAGAGAUUGACUCUCAGUAACUCUGAGGUCGAGAAAAUUGACUGGACAACAUGGACCAGUGUUCUCGGAAAGACGUGUGAGGGGGUGUGGCCACCAAAGAGUGACAUCACUGAUGUGAAUGCCACGUCACUGUCCAAGGACAAACAGCUGCUGGCCACUGGGGACGACUUCGGAUUUGUCAAACUGUUCCAAUAUCCAGUGAAGGGAAAGUUUGCCAAACACAAGCGAUAUGUAGGUCAUUCGGCCCACGUAACGAAUGUCCGGUGGUCAUCUGAUGACAAGCUCCUGGUGUCGGCCGGCGGUGCUGAUACAGCGGUGAUGGUGUGGCAGUGUAGCUCAGCGGCAGACAGGAAUACAGCGUGUGGUGAAAGUGACGACUCCGACACAGAUUCAGAGGAAGAAGGAGGUUAUGACAGUGAUGUUGAACGUGAGAAGAAUAUGGAUUACAACACUAAGAUAUAUAUCAACCCAAUCAGGGAGAAGGAGGGCACAAAACCACACCUACAGGAACAUGCAGAAUUGGAAAAACCCAGUGUCAGCAGAAAUGCACCGGUUCCUCCCAAAGUGCAGCGGGCAGAAAUACCCACCACCGGUUCUAAACGCAAGAAGAUCACCCCAGUCAAUGAUUUAAAGUUGGAGUAUGUCCAUGGUUACAGAGGAUUCGACUCCAGAAAUAAUUUACACUUCAUCAACGAAGGAGCCGACAUAGUGUUUCAUGCUGCCGGGGCAGGAAUUGUUCAGAAUCUGUCCACAGGAAAUCAAAGUUUCUACUUGGAGCACACGGAUGACAUCAUAUGUUUAGCAGCCAAUCAGCAUAGCAAGUUCAAGAACAUUGUAGCCUCAGGUCAAAUUGGAAAUCCUCCGUCCAUUCAUGUCUGGGAUGCUGCCACCAAGGAGACCAAAUCUAUUCUAAGGGGAGGUCACUCUAGAGGAGUGUGUUCUGUGGAUUUCUCGUGUAGUGGGAAAUACAUAGUGUCUGUAGACUUGGCUGAUGAUCAUCAGAUUGCUGUUUGGAGGUGGCAGGAAGGUGUAAAAGUAGCAAGUGUUCCUGGCCAUAACCAGCGAAUUUUCCGAGCAGAGUUCCGCCCAGACUCCGACAGUCAGUUUGUGUCUGUGGGGGUGAAACAUGUCAAGUUCUGGACAGUGGCCGGCAGUGAGCUGGUGGGCAAGCGGGGGAUUCUGACCGACGCCGGGACGGGAACACAAAAGAAGACCAUGCAGACCAUGUUGUCUCUGGCAUUUGGAGCUAACAAUGUGACCUUCACUGGGGCGAUGAACGGGGAUGUUUAUGUGUGGAAGGAUGCGACGCUCACCCGCCUAGUAUCGAAAGCUCACAAUGGUCCGGUGUUCAGCAUGUUUACAACCCUCAGGGACGGUUUUAUUGUCACUGGAGGAAAGGAGGGAUCAAGUAAAGACAACGGCCCGGUUAAGGUGUGGGAUCAGGAAAUGUUGAGACGGAGGGCAUUUCCUCUGACUGAAACGGGGAACAAGAUUGAUGUCGUUAAAUCAGUCUGUAGAACCAAGGGUAAGCUUCUGGUUGGUACAAAAGAUAACACCGUCCUAGAGAUUACAGAGAAGAACGCAACCGUCCAAGUCCUGGUGGCCGGACAUGGCGAGGGGGAGGUAUGGGGGUUAGACACUCAUCCCCUGGUUUCCAGGUUCGUCACUGGUAGCUUUGAUGGGUCUGUGCGAGUCUGGGAUCUAGCUAAUAAGUCGUUAGUUGGUAAGCUGGCUGUGAGUGCAGCUCGCUCCGUCGCCUUCAGUCUGGAUGGUGAAUUGAUUGCAGUUGGCUGUAAAAACGGGGAAUUCCUGGUGUUCUCUACCAACGACUUAAAGUUACUUGGUAAAAGACGAGACAGAUCAGGGGCCAUUAAUGAUAUUAGAUUUAGUCCUGAUAAGAAGCAGCUAGCCGUGGGGUCCGAGGAAAAUUGUGUGGAUUUCUAUGAUCUGACCUCUGGCCCGGCCCUCCACAGGAGUGGUUACUGUAAGGGCAUCCCUAGCUUCGUCAUCCAGAUGGACUUCUCUGCCGACAGCAAGUACAUCCGAGUGAGCACAGGUGCAUAUAUACACCAGAUAUUUGAGGUACCCAGUGGGAAAAUCAUAGAAAACCAGAAAAUCAUUGAAAGCAUCACAUGGGCUUCAUGGACAAGUGUAUUAGGUAAGGAGGUGGUUGGAAUCUGGCCUAAGGACUCCAGUAACGCAGACGUUAACUGCGCUCAUUUGUCACACCUUGGUACAGCACUUGCUACGGGCGACGACUUCGGCUUUGUUAAACUGUUCAACUUCCCGUGUUCUGAAAAAAAUGCACCUAAUAAAUCGUUUGUGGGACACUCAGCUCAUGUUACCAAUGUUCGAUUUUCCUUUGAUGACAAAUACUUAAUCAGCACUGGAGGAGAUGAUUGCAGCAUCUUUGUAUGGCGAUGUCUCUAAGUGCUAGGACUUCCAGGAAAGAAAAAACUGCAACCUUAUUCGAUGAUUCCCGUGGCAGAGAUGGCCUGGCAAUAAACAUGAUGCAGUUUUAUGAAUAGAAACUACAAACAAAUACUGUCAUUUAAGCUUUGUAGAUUUAGUCAUUAACACAGAAUGUAUGUAUACAGAGUUAGUUAGAGGUUGUUAAAUGUACGUACAUGUGUUUAAUCCGACCACUAGGCAGCAGAUUUUGUGUUUUGGUUGUGAUUGAAUUUAAUGGUGGAAGAUAAGUUAGUAUAAUUGCUUAGAAAGCUUGUGUAUACACUUUUUAAAAAACUUUUUUGUAGACAUUUAAUUUGAUAAUCUCGCAUGUAUUGCCAUAAGUACAUGUACAUAUCAUAUUUACUAGAGUUAUUAACUAUUUUGAAGACUGGAUAUUUAAAAGAUCUUUAAUAUCUUUGUGUACAUACAAUAUACAUUUGUUUUGUCUGGAAAUCUCAGUUUUACAUCUCCGUCCAAUGAAACGUUAGCUAUGACACCUUGCUCCUGUAGUUGUCUCCCCUUACUGCAGUGAGCCAAUUUUGUCCACUCAUAUUGUUUUGUAUUGUGUAUUUAAGAUCAGUUGUUAUAUCAUAUCUAAAUAUAUGUGGGGUAUUUUGUGAAAUUUUAAGAUGUUUCUUCAACCCUUGAUGUGCGUUCAAGAUAUUAUUCAAAGAACUACCAUACUCUGUUCACAGUCCUGAGGAAAUAAAUAAAAUAUAUAUUAUAUUUAUAUGAUAAAUAGAACAUACAAUAUAUAUAAUAAAUACAAUAUUCUGUAAACCAACUUUUAAUUUGCGUCAACUUUUACAGUGAUAAGUGACUAAUUUUCGGGACGUAGAAAAUUUUAAACAAUUUAAGAAGAGACACAGUAAAGGACUGGUUUGCAGUAAGAAAUAUUUGUCGACGAGGUUCUCGCGAACUCCACGAAAAUUUCUCAAACGGGAAUAAAGGUUGGUUUACAGUCCUCUGGAAUGCAUUCACUUGUGGGGCCAUCAUUUACGAAGGUUUAAAAUGUUCACUAGGUCUUAGAGAUAUAAGCUCUCUAUUUGCUUUACUCUGUGAUAGUUUUUGAGAUUUUUAUUAUUUCAGCAAUUACAUGGCAUUGAUCAAAUUUUGUUUCUUAAUACUUACAUGUAAUAUUUAUUUUAAAAUGUAUUACAUUUUACUUGCAGUUAUUGUAGUUAUAAUAAAUUUAUAGAAACAAG